UUAUUCGUGAAAUUAUACAAUUAAUAUUAGGACAAGUUAUUGUGAGUGUGUGUGUAACAAUGGAAUUGGAUGUAAUAAACUGGACUAACAAAGAAGUGUUAGAUUUAUUACAUAAAGACAGAAUAUCCAACUUUAUAUUAGAUAUUUGUAAAUCUCAUGACAUUGAUGGCCAAUGUCUCUUGUCCUUCGUGGACAGGGACUUCUACGAGUUUCCAUUUGACCAGUUGAAGCUUGGUGAAAGAAAGCGAUUUAUUCUGUCAGUGAAGAAAUUGCAGAGACAAAAUCGCGGGGCUAUGUGUGAGCUCGGCCUCUGCGAUGAGAACGCGCUGGUGAAUCCUUCGACAAACAUUAAUUUCCUCGGCACGAAUUUGUCGCACCUUAGUUAUAAUCUUCAACAUAAACUGCCCAGUGAAUUCUCAUAUGAGAGUAACAGUGAAUGUGUGCCAACCUUUACUCCGGAUGCAAAGGCAUCAAAGUUGAAGCCUGAGAUCUGGAAGACUGCUCUAGCGCUUGGCUAUGUCUUCCUCGUGACGUGGGUGACGGCAGUGGUGAUGGUGAUAGUCCACGACAAGGUGCCAGACAUGAAGAAGUACCCACCGCUGCCAGAUCUCUUCCUGGACAACGUGCCUCAUAUCCCGUGGGCGUUUGACAUGUGCGAGAUCACCGGCUCACUGCUCUUGGCUAUUUGGCUUGUUGUGCUGCUCUUCCAUAAACACAGAUUCAUCCUCCUCCGAAGAUUCUUCGCUCUCGCCGGCACGGUGUUCCUGCUCCGCUGCUUCACGAUGCUGAUCACGUCGCUGUCGGUGCCGGGGUCGCACCUGAAGUGCGAGCCGCGGUCCUACCCCCCGGCGGACGACCUGACGGUCUGGGGCCGGAGGCUGCGCCAGGCCUACGAGAUCUGGAGCGGGGCCGGCAUGUCGGUCCGCGGCGUCCGGACCUGUGGGGACUACAUGUUCUCCGGACAUACGGUUGCGUUGACUAUGCUGAAUUUCUUCAUCACUGAAUACACAUCGCGCAGCCUGUACCUACUCCACAUCCUGACGUGGGUGAUGAACAUGUUCGGCAUCUUCUUCAUCCUGGCGGCGCACGAGCACUACUCCAUCGACGUGUUCAUCGCCUUCUACAUCACCUCCCGGCUGUUCCUCUACUACCACACGCUCUCCAACAACCAGGCGCUUAUGCAGAACGACUCCUCCAGAACGCGAAUAUGGUUCCCGCUGCUGUCGUUCUUCGAGGCGGAGGUGGACGGCAUCGUGCCCAACGAGUUCGAGGGCCCGGUGGCCAUCAUGGCGAACCUGCGCGAGUGGUGCGCGCAGUGCGCGGCCGACGUGCGCGCGUCGGCGGCGGCGCGGCUCGCCGGCGCCAAGCUGCAGGAGGGCGCCGCCAUGGGCGAGUACUCCGUGGUGCGGCUCGUCGACGGCAUCAAGAGGAACCUCAGCCUCGUCGAGGAGUUCAAGGACUCCCGCCAGAGGCUCACGCUCGACAAGAACAUCCAGGCGUGCCUCCUCGACGAGCACCCCGACCUCGAGCUGCGCCGCAGGAACUUCGCCGAGCUGCGCGAGGACGCCCUCAUGAAGGAGUUCAGCGACCCCCCCUCCCCCUCCCCGUCGAGUAAGAAGAGUAUAUGAAGCGCCAGAUGCUAUUUAGACAAUUAUUUCAGCUUUACUAUAGUAAAGUGAAUUAGAUACCUGAAUGUUUUACAUUUCCAUUAGAUUUUAUAACAUGUUAUUCCGUUUACGUUACGUGUAUAAUAUUGAUAAGUUUAAUAAUGUAUUAACGUAUAAAUUAUUAUGAUUUUUUUUUGCUCAAAGUAAAAUAAAGAAUUUAGAUUAU